AUGAGGAGGCCCCAGACGCUGACUCUUGCUGGCUUACUACUGCCUGAACUCCUGCUCUCAGAAGCUGCCAAAAUCCUGACUCCAUCUCUGGCGGGUGAGUGUUUGGCAAAGAUACGGGAACAGGUCUGUCCCAGGCAUCGGUGCCAGGGCUCAAGCAAACAGCCCUUGGUGAGGGAGUCAUUGCAUGUAUUUUUCCAGUCCAGAAAAGCCCGGCAGGUUUGUUACCCUGGCUGGCAGAUGAAGAGGUGGGAGCAGUUUGUGCCAGAAGAUGCAGGGCUGGGGCCAGAUCCAGCACAAGGAGGGAAAUCAUACAAAAUUAUUAAUCGGUUUCUACCUGAAGACAAUAACAAGGAAUUUAAGAAGUCUUUUGAAUUCUUUAUGGAAAAAAAUUUUAAGGGGAGAAUCACAUUUGAACAUCUUUUAAAUAUUUUCAAACAACUAGGGUUUCAGUGCAGUCAGUUGCUAAGGAGAAAUGAUAUCAUGAAUUCUUUAAAGACCGAGAAGUUUGACCUGGUGAUAGUUGAAGCUUUUGAGUAUUGUCUUUUCCUGGUUGCUGAGACUGGGAAGCCAUUUGUGUCCACUCUGCCAUCCUCAUUUGGCGCUGUGGACUUUGGGCUACCAAGCCCCCUGUCUUAUGUGCCAGUGUUCUGUUCCUUGUCAACUGACCACAUGGACUUCUGGGGCCAAGUGAAGAAUUUCUUGAUGUUCUAUUUCUCCGUGAAGCAGUGGUAGGUUUAUUCUAAGUAUGAUAAGACCAUCAAGGAGCAUUUCCCAGAAGGCUCUAGGUCAGUUCUGUCUCAUCUUCUAAAGAAAGCAGAGCUGUGCUUUGUUAACUCCAACUUUGCCUUCGGAUUUGCUUGGCCCCUGCUUCCCAACAGUGUUGGAGGCUUAAUGGCCAAAUCUACUAAACCAGUACCACAAGAAUUUGAGAAUUUCAUUGCUGUGUGGAGACUCUGGUUUUGCCCUGUGGCCCUAGGCUCCAUGGUGAACUUCUGUCAGUCCCAGGAGGUGGUCAAGAAGAUGAAUGCUGCCUUUGCUCGUCUCCCUCCAGUGAUAUGGAAGUAUAAGCCUUCUCAUUGGCCCAGAUACAUAAAAUUGGCAGCAAAUGUGAAAAUUGUGGACUGGCUCUUUUUUUUAUUUGCAACAACUUACCCUCGCAUCUGCCUUUCUGUCACCCAUGGCGGGUUGACUAGUGUCAUGGGCAUCCAACAUGGCAUGCCCAUGGUGGAGAUUCCGUUCUUUGCUGACCAGCCUGAAAACCUGAUCUGGGUUGAAACCAGAAAAUUUGGAGUCUCUCUCCAGUUAAAGCAGAUCAAGGUUGAGACAUUAGCUCUGAAGAUGAAAGAAGUCAUGGAAGAAAAGCAGUACAAACCUGCUGCGGUGGCUGAUAGCAUCUUCAGGCGCACCCACCCCCUGACUCCUGCCUAGAGGCUGGUGGGCUGGACCAAACAUAUCCUCCAGAUGGGGGAUGCAGGGCACUUCAAGUCCCACACCUUCCAGCAGCCAUGGCAUGAGCAGUACCUGCUGGGCGUCCUCUUGUUCCUGCUGGUGGUCACUGGCACCAUGUGGCUCUGUGGGAAGCUACUGGGCCUGGUGGCCAGGUGGCUGUGUGGGGCCAGGAAACUGAAGGAGGCCUGAGGCCAUGUGGAGCCUUGGAAAGCAGAGUGUUUGGGCAGCGUCACCAUUUCUUGGCCUCUCCCAACAGUCUCUGGCUGGACCUGAGGAAGCCCCUGGCUCAGAGUUGGCCUCGGUGACUUGAUGGCAGGGACGGCGCGCCACGACCGGGAGAUGUCAAUCCAGGCCAAAAGAAGCUCACCACAGCCACCGACCCCAUCGAGAGACUCCGCCUGCAGUGCCUGGCCAGGGGCUCUGCGG